GAUAGAGGAGGCCUGACCUUGCCCGCGGCCCGGGGUCCUGCGGAGGGUCCUUCCGGGGGUGACUUUCAGCCGGCCGAGCUGGGCGACGGAGGCUCCGAGCUGGCACCAUGGCCCAGUUCGUGCGCAACCUCACGGAGAAGGCCCCGGCGCUCAUCAGCGCUGCUGUGACUUACUCGAAGCCUCGAUUUGCCACAUUUCUCCAGUAUGCCAAGGUUGAGCUGAUUCCUCCAACCCCCGCUGAGAUCCCAACAGCUAUUCAAAGCUUGAAAAAAAUAAUCAACAGUGCUAAGACAGGGAGCUUCAGGCAUCUCACAGUGAAGGAAGCUUUGCUGAAUGGUUUGGUGGCCACAGAGGUGUGGAUGUGGUUCUAUGUUGGCGAGAUCAUUGGGAAGCGUGGCCUCAUUGGCUAUGAUGUCUGAAGACCAAUGAACAGCUGGUUCACUUGAGUGUUCUUAGAUCAUGUGUGGUCAAACUGAUAUUUGAAUAAAACGAUGUGUCAAAUUGG